AUGCGGUUGCAAGGAUGUGGUCUGAGUGGUGGUGUGAACGGUAGUGUUCUUUCGUCGCCUACAAGGGUGUUUGUCAGAGGUAAAAGAACGAAAUCUAAAAGUUCUCUUUCGCCUCAGGUUCAGAGGGCUGUUACUCAGCUUUCUGUUCUGUCAGCUAGUAGGAAGCAGCCCAAGCUUUUAAAGUUGUGUAAUGAGGAUCUUAUUAAACAUCAGACAAUCCAGACGUGUUGGUCGCAGUACCAGAAAAACCUGCGUGAGGAGCGUCAAGCGCAGAUGAGACUACAAUAUGAAAGUAUGCAGACAGCUAUGAAUUUAUUGAAGCAAGUAGAUGGUUCUUUGUUUGAAGCAGCCAAUGCGAAAGAGGUGGGGAAGAGGUUUCCUCUUGAGCUGAGGGUUCCUACGGAGUAUCCUCCAAAUAAAAUCUGGCAUUAUGAGUUCAAAGACAAAAACUGA